AUGGCACCACUCGGACUAAAAGCCAUUGUGGGAGAAAAGAUUAUGAAUGAUGUCAUCAAGAAGGUGCACAAGAAGGGCGAAUGGAAGGUUCUGGUAGUAGACAAGCUGAGCAUGAGGAUGAUGUCAUCCUGCUGUAAGAUGACAGAUAUCAUGUCAGAUGGCAUCACCAUUGUUGAAGACAUUGGCAAGAAGCGAGAGCCUCUCCCCAGUAUGGAGGCCAUCUACCUAAUAACUCCCAAUGAUGAGACUGUGGAGGCACUUAUAGAUGACUUCAGAGACCCGCGGUCGCCCAGAUACAGAGGAGCUCACGUCUUCUUCACUGACACAAUCCCAGAUACAUUGUUCAAUCUGUUGACGAAAUCCCGUGCGUCCAAAGCCAUGAAGACCUUGACUGAGAUCCACAUCGCCUUUCUGCCCUAUGAGUCACAGGUGUUUUCCCUGGACAAGACAGAUGCCUUCCAGGACUUCUACAGCCCCUACAAGGCUGACAUCAAGCACAACAUGUUGGAGCGCUGUGCUGAGCAGAUCGCCACUCUCUGCAACACCCUGAAGGAAUACCCUGGCAUCAGAUACAGAGGGGAGUACAAAGACUGUGCCACUCUGGCUCAGCUCCUGCAGGAAAAGCUAGAUGGCUACAAGGCAGACGACCCCACCAUGGGAGAGGGUCCGGACAAAUCUCGCUCCCAACUCCUGAUUCUGGACCGAGGCUUUGACCCAGUCUCUCCCAUCCUCCACGAACUCACCCUCCAAGCCAUGGGCUAUGACCUGCUGGGCAUCGAGAACGACGUCUACAAGUAUGACACCAGUGGGAUGGGGGAGGUCAAGGAGAAGGCGGUGUUGCUGGAUGAGGAUGAUGACCUGUGGAUGAGUCUCAGACACAAGCACAUUGCCGAAGUCACCACGGCUGUGACCCGCUCCCUCAAAGAAUUCUCAGCCACCAAAAAGAUGAACACAGGAGAGAAGACCACAAUGAAAGACUUGUCUCAGAUGCUGAAGAAGAUGCCGCAGUAUCAGAAAGAGCUAAGCAAGUACUCUACCCACCUCCACCUGGCUGAAGACUGUAUGAACCGAUAUCAGGGCACGGUGGACAAGCUGUGUCGUGUUGAGCAGGAUCUAGCGAUGGGUACAGAUGCAGAGGGGGAGAAGAUCAAGGACCCCAUGAGGGCCAUCGUACCCGUCCUGCUGGAUAAAGAUGUCACUGUCUUCGACAAGAUCCGCAUAAUCCUGCUAUACAUCUUCAUGAAGAACGGUGUUUCGGAGGAGAACCUGUGUAAGCUCCUCCAGCAUGCUAACAUCCCUCCUGAGGACAGUGACAUCAUCGCCAACAUGGCCCAUCUGGGCAUGCCCAUCAUCUUAGAGGGGAACCCGACCCGCAAAGUGAAAAAGACUGACCGGAAGGAGCGAGUGAGUGAGCAGACCUACCAGCUCUCCCGAUGGACCCCUCUCAUCAAGGACAUCAUGGAGGAUGCCAUUGAGGACAAACUGGAUCCAAAGCAGUACCCCUACAUCUCCCAACGCACUGCAUCCACCCACAGCAGUGCUCCAUCAAGUGCCCGGUACGGUAACUGGCAUAAGAACAAGGGCCCCACAGAGAUGAAGACAGGUCCCCGAGUCAUCAUCUUCAUCAUCGGAGGCAUGACCUUCAGCGAGAUGCGCUGUGUCUACGAGGUCACACAAGCCAAUGGAAAAUGGGAAGCCAUCAUUGGAUCAACCAAUAUCUUCACCCCUACACGCCUUCUUCAAGCCCUCAAAGACAUGGAUAAGCAACAAGAUGUUUGAGCUGAACAGCGAAGAGCUCCCUGGCUGCAGUUGUCCCCUCACCUAACCUACAAACUCUCCCAACUGGCAUACAUGAAUAGUCAGGACCCAAGACAUAACAAGCCCUUCUACUCUAUACAUAAGACUGAAGAAAACAAAUGGCAGCAUCUAUUUCUAGCAUAUCCAUGUCAUGUAUUCAGAUAUCAUGUUUCAAUAGAAUUACAUAAGAUCCCUCAACCAGAGAACCACAUAAUGUUUUAACUACUGUACAUACACCCUUAAUGAUUGGAUGGAAGAGUAGAGAUUGAGUGUACGCUGGAUAACUGUUGAUACUAUGAGCAGUAGAUGUAAACUGCCAUCUCAGGAUGCUGUUGUUUCACUUCCUUGAAAAGGAAGCCAGUCAUAGAGGAGAUUAGAUUAGUGUAGUUGGAAAUUGAAGAAUUAUUUAGGCUGGUGUUUGGUGUAGAGUGCUCAUCAUAUUUCAGAUAGGAGUAUAAAGGCACCAACUGUGAAGAUAGUGGGAUGGGAUCUAUGUAUAACGUUCCCCCCUCAAAAAUAUUUGCAAGAUUCCUGUGUUUCUAAGACUGUCUGUUUUUUAGUGUCAUUAUAUCUUUCGUCUCAGUGCUUGUAAACAUUUCCGGAACAUUGAGCAAAAAGACCGAUUUUUACUUUCAGUAUUUUGAAAAACUAUUUUAGAAUUUGGAAACUUCACCACCAUUUUAAAAUGAGAAACAUCGUCCGUCUCACGCAAUCAGUAGUUAGUAGAAUAUAUGCCAUGCUGUAUCAAUGUUUUGAUGGUGAUUCACCGAACUUUGGACAUGACAAUGUGAAGCCACUCUGUACUGGUGGUCAUUUAGCGGUAGUAAACAAUACAGUAGUUGGACAGUGAUCAAACAUUGGAAAGUUCUUCCUCUAUUAGUUUAGUUGUCUGUCUCUGUUCAUUAACAUUAUGUCACUAUAUUGACUUGAUUUGUCCUUUCCUCUCCCUGUAGUAGUUACGGUCAUUUCCGUUCCACUUUCCAGUGUUGACACCGUCAUGACGCAACAAUUUGUUGUCAUUGCAGCUGUUGUUGUUGUAUAGUGAUUUGUUAGCUUUCUAUCAGAGUGAUCUAUUAUUUAUUAAGAGAUAUUAGUUCCCGUAAUACCAGUAUAACUUAUCAGAAUUCGAUGCUUGGAAGUGAUUUAUCACAAACCGUACU